UUUUCCUCUUCCUGGUUUUAAGUUUGUUGCACAUGACGCUUAUAUGAUGGUGUCAUUCCAUACACAUAAACUGAAAAUCAAUUUUGUUUGACAUUUUUAGUGUCAGCAAAUCGCUCGUCAAUCGCCUUUGCUUAAUUGCAGUCAAGACAUAAGGACGACUGCGAAAAAGACCACAAUUUAAAAUGAAUCUAGUUUACAGUUGCCAACAUCCAGCAUUACAAAUGUAUAGCACAUAAACUUGCCAUUUUAUAUCCUUUUGUCAGCGUUACCGAAGCCCAUAGUGGUACUCAGCCCAACAAAAUGAGAUUGCGACUUGUGAAGAAAAACGUCGUUCUUUUUCUUAUGAUGUCACUUAUUCUUUUUAUAUUAUAUUAUUCGAAAUUUAUGUUAACAAUUGAGAGUGGUGUUUUGGAUAAUGUGCCGCACAAAGGAACCCAAGAUGAUGACACAAAUACGUUUAACUACGGAACUGUUUUACAAAUGAGGAAGUCAGUAUACGACAGCAACUAUAGACAAUUCAUUCAGAAUGCGGAUAAGUUUGCAGGCGACCCAGAAGUUGUGAUUGUGGUACAAGUUCAUAACAGACCAGCUUACCUAAAAAUGUUAAUACAGUCACUGGAAAAAGCAUCUGAAAUAGGCAAGUUCUUUGUGGUUUUUAGUCAUGAUUAUUUUUCAGAGGAGAUUGGUGAUCUUGUCAAAGGGAUAACAUUCUGCAAGGUACUACAGAUAUAUUUCCCCUACAGCACACAACUUUAUCCUAAUGAAUUUCCUGGGCAGGAUCCACUAGACUGUCCUAGGGAUAUAUCAAAAGAGGAUGCCAGAAAGACAGAAUGCCUCAAUGCUGAACAUCCAGAUGCUUAUGGUCAUUACAGGGAAGCCUCCAUCACGCAAACUAAACAUCACUGGUGGUGGAAGUUGCAUUUUGUAUUUGAGCGACUUAAGGUGCUUCAAGGAUACAAAGGCUUUGCUGUCUUCAUUGAGGAAGACAACUACAUCCUUCCUGACUUCUUCAGCUUCUUCAAAUCUAUGACUAAUCUUAGAGAUAAGGACUGUGUAGACUGUGAUGUCCUUGCUCUAGGCAAUCAUGAUGGUGUGUCCCAAUUUGCAGAACUGUCUUCCAAAACUGAGAAAUCUGGAUGGAUGUCCACCAAGAAUAAUAUAGGCAUGGGCAUCUCCAGGGAGCUUUACUACAAGUUAAUGGGGUGUAACAAUGAAUUCUGCAACUAUGAUGACUACAACUGGGACUGGACCCUACAGAACCUUUCUGGAACAUGUAUAAAAAAGCCUCUGAAGGUUCUAGUAGCCUGUGGAACCCGUGUGCUCCACACUGGUAACUGUGGUCUGCAUCAGAAAGAGGCUUGUAAUUCUGAGGUGGCCCAGCAAAAAGUGGAUGCUGCACUAGAGAAGGUCAGAACUGCCCUCUUCCCACAGAAGCUAACCUUGACCAACCAUGGUUCAGUGGAGCACAAACCCCAUAUGAAAAAUGGGGGAUGGGGGGAUAUACGUGACCACAUUCUGUGCGCCAACUAUGCUGCACGACUCUGAGCCAAAGUUUUUUUAUAUUUACAUAACAAAUAUCCAGGAAGGGUAUCUAAAAGAUCUUUACUUUCAAGAUAAAUGUUAUUCAUUUAACCUGGCUUUUUCAUUUCUGGCAGAAACAGUGUUCUGAAGUCAUCUAAGCCUGGUUUGGAACCUGGGCUAUGCAACAGGGAUAUCUUGAGACUGUUCUAAAUAAUACAGUGGUUUAGAUGCCAUUUUAGGCUUUAGAUUCUUUAUGCCAUUUUAGGCUUUCGAUGAGUGCACAGAAGAGUUCAUGAUCAAAGCCUGCUGUAGUUUUCAGUUUUAGACAUCUUUAUUUAAUAAUAUAGUAAAGAUUUAAGUAUCAGGUAUGUUUGACUACAUUGUUAAUACAAUGUUUUGUUAAGAAUGGACCUUCGCUGAGGGUGCAAAAUAUGCAUGUCUCUAGUGUACAUCCUUUCCCUUUUCCAAGAGUGAGUUUCCUAUUCUAUUGCAACAUUUGUGCUGAAUCACAACAACCCCAUCAAAG